CGUCAAUCAUUUAAUCACUGGAAACAAUUUUCAAAAAAUAAUUUUAAUGACAACAAAACGAGACACUCCUCUCUGUACUCCUCUUUUUCUAUUUCUCUGAGCUUAUUUUCUCCAACUCCUCCAUUUCUCUUUGGCUCUCCUAUGUUAGCUUUUUAGCUUUGCUUUUUGUGCCCCUUUUAAACUUCUUUUUUUUUUUUUUAAUUCUCUGCUAGAAUCUACAUUGUAAUUUCCGUCUAAAACUGUUUCAGUUGCCGCACUUCUCUCUCUCUCUCUCUCUCUCUCUCUCUUUUUUUAACUCUCUCCCCCUCAGAUCGAGUAAAAGCACUUAAAUCUUAGCUAAAGAACUUGCAGUUUGUGCUAGAUCCAGGCAUGAUCUUUCUCCUCAUAUAAUUCUCGUACCUCAACUUAUCUGCUGAACCUUGCUCUUUCUAAGGAAGGUGAUUGAAGUGGGAAGGACAAAAGAGCUCCCAUUUUUGUUUUGUUUUAUUUUUGUAUUCGGUUUGGUUUCAAAGGACCGAAAGAGACGCCUUAACUUAAGCGUUGGUUGCAGUGAGUGAGCAUUAUGAAUGUUUACAGCCUUGUUUUCUUUUUAACCAUGUUUUGUCGGUCACCAACCGAGGCACAAUCACCUCUCAUAUUAUAAUGAAAACGAUGUAUUAUAAGGAAUUAACUUAUUAUGAAGCUACAGGAAAUUAGCUUAUUUUGGUUAAGGAAGCUCAAUUAAGAUUAAGGAGCCCCAAUUUUAUUGUAAGCUUUUGCCUUUUGGUAUUUCUUAAACCGACAACAAAGUGGGAAAGUUUCAGUUUUGGGUUUGUUGAUUAGUACUUUCAUGGGGUUGCAUGAAACAUUUGUUUCUGAUUGCUAGGACUAGUGUUGUAGCUUAAAAUGGAGGACCCCGGAGCACAACCUGGUGAGGAUCCGGUGGUAAAGCCCCUACAUUUGGAGAACCCGUUUGCAGAAAGUCGAGCAGAAAGUCUGAAAAAGGUUACUAAAUCUGGGAAAUCUAGUGAAGCAGCAAAGUCAAAAGUCUCGACACCGGCCAGAUCAACUGUAUCUUCUUCAUUGCGAGCAUAUAUUUCUGUUGCGGUGACAAGAAGAAACAGCACAGGGGGCGUGCCUGAGAAGUCAUUAGCCACUAGUGCAAGACAGCAAAACAAUGCUGGUAUCCUUGCAGGCAAGAAACCCUCCACACCCAGCACUCCUUCGGCUACCGAGUUAGUUAGGCGAUCCUUACCAGAAGUCAGAAGAAGUUCACCGUCUUCAGUGACAACAAAACCCACAUUCCGAGCAAACCUUUCAGAGACUAGGAAGUCGGUUCCAGUGUCACCGGUGGGUCGCAGUUUAAGUACAUCGACUGCAUCUGACACAAUCAUACAAAAAACUGUGAGAAAGUCCGCUGUAAAGCCAGCACUAUCAGCAUCCUCUUCUUUGAAAAAGAUUACUUCUUCACCACUGGACAGCACUGCCAGUAGCACAAGUAGAAAGACAAUCUCAAAGGUUUCUUCUCCAACCACUCGAUUACCUACAGUACCCAGUGGUUUAAGAUCCCGGUCUUUGUCAUCAUCUCUGGGUAGGAAUUCUAAUUUAUCUGGGCGGAAGAAAGCAGUGAACCCAGAAAGUAGAGAUUCACGUUUCAUUGUUCUUCCACAGGUGGAGAUUAAAGCUGGUGACGAUGUGAGAUUGGAUCUUAGGGGCCAUAGAGUGCACAAGCUCAAUGCUAGUGGCUUGAACUUAUCACAAAAUUUAGAGUUUGUUUAUUUGAGAGACAAUCUCUUAUCAACACUGGAAGGGGUUGAGAUAUUGACACGAGUGAAGGUUCUUGAUUUGAGCUUUAAUGAUUUUAAAGGGCCUGGAUUUGAACCUCUUGAGAGUUGCAAAGCCCUACAGCAAUUAUAUCUUGCUGGGAAUCAACUCACUUCACUUGUAAGUUUACCUCAGCUUCCUAACUUGGAGUUUCUCUCUGUUGCUCAAAACAAGUUGAAGUCUCUUUCAAUGGCAAGUCAACCUCGACUACAGGUUUUAGCUGCAAGCAAAAACAGAAUAUCAACUCUAAAGGGUUUUCCUUAUCUUCCUGUUCUUGAGCAUUUGCGAGUGGAGGAGAACGCUAUACUUAAAAUGCCUCAUCUGGAAGCAGCUUCCAUCUUGCUUGCUGGACCUACCAUGAAGAAAUUUAAUGAUAGAGAUCUUUCCCGAGAUGAGCUGGCACUUGCAAAGCGUUAUCCUGCACAUACAGCUUUGUGCCUUAGGGAAGGUUGGGAGUUUUGCCGUCCAGAGAAAGCAGCAGACUCAACAUUUCAAUUCCUGUUUGAGCAAUGGAAGGAUCAUUUUCCUCCCGGUUAUCUGCUUAAAGAAGCCUCCAUUGACAAACCUUUUGAAGAGGAUGCUUGUUGCUGCCACAUUGUUUUUGUUCAGGAAAGCACACUGAGCAUCGAUCCAGAUAUAAUCUUAACGUAUAAAUGGUUUCUGGGAGAGAGAGCACUUUCAAAUUUCACUGCUAUUCCUGAUGCCAAUGCGGAGGUUUACUGGCCUAAACAUGAAGACAUAGAUAAAAUUUUGAAAGUGGAAUGUACUCCAGUUUUAGGGCAAACCGAAUAUCCUCCAAUUUUUGCCAUAUCGUCUCCAGUUGCACGAGGGAAUGGAAUUCCAAAGGUUGUAAACCUUGAAUUGCACGGGGAACUGGUGGAAGGUAAUGUAAUCAAGGGUCAUGCUAAGGUUGCAUGGUGUGGUGGGACCCCUGGGAAGGGUGUUGCUAGCUGGUUAAGGAGAAGGUGGAACAGCAGCCCGGUGGUGAUUGUUGGAGCAGAGGAUGAAGAGUAUCGAUUGACCAUAGAUGACAUUGACUCCAGUUUGGUCUUUAUGUAUACUCCAGUCACAGAAGAAGGUGCCAAAGGGGAGCCUCAAUAUAAGCAUACAGAUUUUGUAAAAGCAGCUCCUCCAUCCGUCAGUAAUGUCCAAAUUAUUGGAGAUGCUGUAGAAGGAAAUGUCGUCAGAGGAGUUGGCAAUUACUUUGGAGGAAGAGAGGGUCCCAGCAAGUUUGAGUGGUUAUGUGAGAAUAAGGAGACAGGGUUAGUACAAUUUUACAAUGCAGACUUCUUGUUGGUGACAAGUGGUACAUCUGAGUAUACUUUGACCAAAGAAGAUGUUGGGCGACGCUUGGCUUUCAAAUAUAUACCUAUAAACUUCAAGGGACAGGGAGGGGAAUCUGUGUCAAUAGUCUCUGGAACAGUGAGGAAACCUCCUCCAAAAGUAACAAAUGUUAAGAUAAUUGGUGAUUUGAGGGAGAACAGUAAGGUUACUGUGACUGGUACUGUCACUGGAGGUACUGAAGGUUCAAGCAGAGUUCAGUGGUUUAAGACGACUUCUUUGACACUCAAUGGUGAGAAUGACCUUCAAGCUAUGAGCACGUCCAAGGUUGCCAAGGCAUUCCGCAUACCUUUAGGAGCGGUUGGCUAUUAUAUUGUUGCAAAGUAUACUCCGAUGACUCCUGAUGGUGAAUCUGGUGAACCAGUAUAUGUUAUAUCAGAAAGAGCAGUGGAGACUCUUCCCCCUAGCCUAAAUUUCUUAUCUAUCACGGGUGAUUAUACUGAAGGCAGUAUACUGACUGCAUCAUAUGGCUACAUAGGGGGUCAUGAAGGGAAAAGUAUUUACAAUUGGUACCUCCAUGAGGUUGAAAAUGACACUGCUACUCUGAUUCAUGAGGUUUCAGGGCUUCUUCAGUAUCAUGUAACCAAAGAUGCAAUUGGUAAAUUUAUCUCCUUUCAGUGUACCCCAAUGCGUGAUGAUGGAAUAUUAGGUGAGCCAAGAACUUGCAUGGGACAGGAACGUGUUUGUCCUGGAAGCCCUAGAUUGCUUGCUCUGCAGAUAGUUGGAGAUGCUGUUGAAGGAACUAUUUUGAGUGUUGACAAAAAGUACUGGGGUGGUGAGGAGGGAGAUUCAGUUUUUCACUGGUUUCGGACUAGUUCAGAUGGUUCGCAAUGUGAGAUUAGGGGUGCCAGUUCCACAUUAUAUAUGCUGUCAGUGGAUGAUAUCAGCUUCUUUAUUUCACUCUCAUGUGAGCCAGUGAGAAGUGAUCGGGUUUGUGGUCCCAUUGUUCUUUCCGAACAAAUUGGACCUAUAGUAGCUGGUCUCCCUACUUGUCAGUCUUUGGAGUUUCUCGGAUCAAUGAUGGAGGGACAGCGUUUGAGCUUCAUUGCUUCAUAUAUUGGAGGGGAGAGGGGAGAUUGUUUCCAUGAAUGGUUUAGAGUGAAAAACAACCGGGUCAAGGAGAAAUUAAGUAUUGAUGAGUAUCUGGAUUUAAAUCUUGAUGAUGUGGGAAAAAGAAUUGAACUUGUUUACAUUCCCGUGCGCAAAGAUGGAGUCAAAGGGAAUCCUAGGAGCAUAAUAUCUGAUGAAAUUUCUCCUGCCAAUCCAGUGGGUUUGGACCUUGUCAUUCGUGAUUGCCAUGAGAACCAGGAGGCCAUCCCACAGAAAACAUAUUUUGGUGGACAGGAAGGUGUUGGAGUGUAUACUUGGUAUAGAACAAGGACUAAGCUGGAUGAGUUGGCAUGGACAGAUAUAUCUAGUACUUCUGAAGAUGUUGAUAUGUGUUGUCAAACAUUCUCGUAUACCCCAUCACUUGAAGAUGUGGGUGCUUAUUUAUCAUUACAUUGGCUACCUACUCGUGUUGAUGGCAGAUCUGGAAAGCCAUUAGUUGCAAUUUCCAACUCACCAGUUAUCCCAGCACAUCCAGUCGUCUCUAGUGUUCGCGUGGAGAAGCUGGCUUCAGGGAUAUAUUCUGGUGAGGGAGAAUAUUCUGGUGGAUAUGAGGGAUCAAGUCUCUUUUGUUGGUAUAGAGAAACUAAUGAUGGAACAAUCAUUCACAUCAAUGGGGCUAACUCUAAAACUUAUGAGGUCACUUAUGCAGAUUAUAACAGCCGUUUGUUGUUUGGGUACACACCUGUUCGUUCAGAUUCAGUUGUUGGAGAACUUAGGCUGUCUGAACCAACUGAAAUUGUUCUCCCCGAGCUUCCAAUGGUAGAGAUGCUUGCUCUCACUGGAAAGGCAAUAGAAGGUGAUAUACUAACUGCUGUUGAAGUGAUUCCAAAAAGUGAAAUCCAACAGUGUGUUUGGAGCAAGUACAAGAAAGAUGUCCGCUACCAAUGGUUCUUUUCAUCAGAAACAGGAGAUGGAAAAUCUUUAGAGCCUUUACCUUCACAAUGCUCCUGCUCUUUCAAAGUUCGGUUUGAGGACAUUGGUAGAUGCCUAAAAUGUGAAUGUAUUGUGACGGAUGUGUUUGGAAGGUCAAGUGCACCAGCAUAUGCUGUGACUGCUCCUGUAUUGCCAGGGAUUCCUAGAAUUGAUAAGCUAGAGAUUGAAGGGAGGGGCUUUCACACCAAUUUAUAUGCUGUACGUGGCACUUAUACUGGAGGAAAAGAAGGAAAAAGUAAAAUUCAGUGGCUUAGGUCAAUGGUGGGCAGUCCUGACCUUAUCUCCAUACCAGGUAAAACGGGGAGGAUGUAUGAAGCUAAUGUUGAUGAUGUCGGGUACAGGUUGGUUGCUAUUUAUACACCAAUAAGAGAGGAUGGCAUUGAGGGGCAACCUAUCUCUGCAUCAACAGAACCAAUUGCAGUUGAGCCUGAUGUUUAUAAAGAAGUGAAACAGAAGCUUGAUCUUGCAUCUGUGAAGUUUGAGGUAUUAUGUGACAAGGACCGCAAUCCAAAAAAGGUUCUAGGAGAAGGGUGUCUUGAGAGAAGAAUCCUCGAAAUUAAUAGAAAACGAAUCAAGGUUGUGAAGCCAGGUUCAAAGACUUCUUUUCCUACUACUGAAAUACGUGGAAGCUAUGCUCCUCCUUUUCAUGUGGAGCUUUUUGGUAAUGACCAACGUCGACUUAGAAUUGUGGUGGACAGCGAGAAUGAAGUAGACCUCAUGGUGCAUUCACGACACCCCAGGGAUGUUAUUGUCCUUGUGAUCCGUGGUCUUGCUCAGCGGUUUAAUAGUACAUCCCUCAAUUCUCUCCUCAAAAUAGACACAUAAAUUUGGUCAGAAAAUGUAAACGCAUCAAAAAGCAUUCGACUCUAGGCUUUUCGCUCUGUGAUUUCUCUCACCAAAGGUUUUUUCUUUUCUUCUUUCCCUUUCUUCCCACAAAUUUUUUUCUCAUUUUUAUAGGUGUCAAUAUUGCCCUCUUAAUGGUUUUUUUGCGUGUAAGCAAUAUUGUGCUGCGUUCCUUGUUCAAAACAUGGGCGAAGGUGGUAUUUCAUUUAUUAUAUAUAUCAUAAUUUGAAUGAUAAUCUAUUGGCUGUAAGACGAAAAGC